AUGAAAUCUUAAAAAUUCUAAAGUAAAAUUACAUUGACUGAUCUCUAAAAAGAAACUAGAGUAUUAUAUUUGGAUGAAGAAAAGAAUAUGGAUUUAAAAUGGAAUUAAAUAUGGUUCUCAGACCAAUCACAUAUUGUUACUAAAACAACAAAAUACAAAUAUUUUUGGUCAACUCAAGAAGAAAAGUCUGAAAACUAGAGUUAAAUAUUUAAUGAAAAAGCAUUAAUCCUUUAAGAUUCUCAACAUUUGGCAUAAUAGGUAUGA